AUGACUGUCGUCUACUCCACCAACGAGCCCGUUGACCCUCUCAAGCAGUCUGGCCAGGCCCCUCCCACUUACACGGUCGAGCCGGACUACCAGCAACCUACCCCAUCGGAGCAACAACCCCAAGAUGCCUCCAGCAAGCAGGCCAAGGGUCACCACUUUCACAGAAUCAGCUCCAAGGCUGGCUGGCCACUGAACAAGGCCGCCAACUUAAUCGGUGCUGAGGGAUGGUGGCCUACUACCAUGGAUAAGGAGUGCAACAAGGCCGCUCGCAUCCUCCACAGCUUCACCAACCUCAGCUCUUCCACCCCUCCCAAGACCAGUGGCCCCAUGCAUCCUACCGGCCUCACCCGCAAGUCCAUGGUCAAGAUCCCCCCUCACGUCCUCCACCGCGCCGCCGGUCUCGCCAUCUUCAACGUCCUCCGCGCUGGUGCCUGCCACGGCUCCCUCGCCGGCGGUUCUGGUGUUGUCGUCGCCCGCCGCCCCGACGGUACCUGGUCUCCUCCCUCGUCCUUCAUCGUGAGCACCCUUGGUGCUGGCUUCGUCUUUGGCCUCGAUGUCUACGAUUGCGUCUGCGUUCUCAACACUCCCGAACAGGUCGCCGCCUUUACAAAGCCCCGCUUGUCCCUCGGCGCUGAGGGUUCCAUCGCCGUCGGACCUCUCGGUACCGGCGGAAGUGUCGAGGCUACUGUCACCAAGACUGCACGACCGGUCUGGAGCUACAUGAAGAGCCGGGGGCUGUGGGCAGGCGUACAGAUUGAUGGCACUAUCAUCGUCAGCCGAGGAGAUGCCAACUCUGCCUUCUACAACGAGCGCGGCAUCACCGCCCGCAAGAUCUUGACCGAGGACGUAGCCUGGCCAAUGAGCGCCAAGCCCCUGUUUGAGGUGCUCCGAGCCAUCGAGGGUCGACCCGACUACGAUCGAACUAUUGUCCAGGAAGUUGGAAGCGUUCCUCCCCCUGGCGACGCCAUCCUAUCCGAGAAGCAGGAGAGGUACACCGAUGAGCCCGAGCUGCCCGCUCAGCAGACCCGAGAACAGACCGAAGAACCCAAGGAGGAGCUCCCCAACUAUACGGACGUGAAGCCGGAGGUUAAGGAGGAGGAGGAUGAUACUGUCAUGAGUGAGAAGGAAAAGCUGGCCAAGUCUGGUUACUAA